AUGACCACAGGACUAGUUUCUGAGUUGAAUGUUUCUUCUUCAGAACAGAUUUUGCCUCCAGAGUAUGAGUUGCAACAACCUGAGCCUGAACAUUGUCCAGGUCCAGAAUCAGAAAACGCAGGUCAGAGUGAUGCUUGUCUGGGAUGUGCUAAUAAAGAGAUUUGUGAAAGUUUGCCAAAGGGUCCAGAUCCUGAUAUUCCUGCUAUUAAUGAAAAUUUAUCAAAAAUUCAACACAAACUUUUAGUCCUUUCUGGUAAAGGUGGUGUUGGGAAGUCGACAUUUACCAGUAUGUUAAGUUGGGCUCUAUCUGCUGAUGAAGACCUUCAAAUUGGUGCUAUGGAUUUAGAUAUAUGUGGUCCCUCAUUGCCAAGAAUGCUUGGGUGUAAUAAUGACUUGGUUCAUGAAUCAAGCUAUGGUUGGACUCCAGUAUAUGUGGCUGAUAAUUUGGCAACCAUGUCGAUACAAUAUAUGUUACCAGAGGAUGACUCGGCAAUUAUCUGGAGAGGUUCCAAAAAAAAUUUACUAAUAAAGAAGUUCUUAAAAGAUGUCAAUUGGGAUUAUUUAGAUUAUUUAAUAAUUGAUACCCCCCCAGGGACUUCGGAUGAACAUAUAUCAAUCAACAAAUUCUUGAAGGAUUCGGGUAUUGAUGGGGCUCUUAUAGUAACAACACCCCAAGAAGUAGCAUUACUUGAUGUUAGGAAAGAAAUAGACUUUUGUAAAAAAGCUGGGAUUAAGAUUUUAGGAUUGGUAGAAAAUAUGAGUGGGUUUGUUUGUCCUAAUUGUAAAGGUGAAUCUCAAAUUUUUAGGCCAACAACAGGAGGUGGGAAAGCAUUUUGUGAGGAAUUAAGCAUCCCAUUUCUGGGUUCAGUACCUUUGGAUCCUCGAAUUGGGAAGUGCUGUGAUGAUGGUGAAAGUUUCCUCGAUGAAUACCCAGAAAGUCCUGCAUCAGAAGCAAUUAUCAACGUGGUGGAGGCCCUUAGGGACGCAAUCGAAGGAUAA